CAAAACAGUGCUCUCCAAUCUCAGACCCAGAAAUUUCUCUCUGUAUCUCCAAACUCACAGAGUCUCCCGAAACCCUAAUUUCUUCAUUCUUUCAGCCCUUCUAUUGUAUUUCAUUUUCAGGGUUUCCAUUAAAAUAGAGAGCAUUGUUCACUGCGGCUAAGCCGUAUACUUCCCCGACGGGUUCAGAAGGUAACUGAAAACAAGCAGCGUGUCUAUGGUUGUAAAGACAACUACUUUAUACAAUUUUGAAAUCUGUGACAGUAGUUAUCUUUACCACCGUACACAAGCUGCUUAUUUUCUGCUUCGGAGCUGAUACAAAGUGGAGAGAGGCAGCGAGAAGCUAAUGGCGAAACCGACGCGAGGACCAUUUGGAGUUUACCUUAAUGAUAAACUCCAUUGGCUUGGAAAAACACAUGGAGGCAACGUGAUUUGUACAUUUUAUCUCUGCUCUAUUUUAAUGGAAACCAUGAAAAUAAAACUGGUGCAAGUAGCUUCUCUAUAUAUGCACCAGUGACUUUUAGAUUAUCCUGGCUUCUCUUUUUUCAACAUGUGAAAACAAUGAAGAGGGAAAUUUAUGAUUUUAUCUAGUCGUUUGUUUCUAUUUAUGAUUGUCUUGACAUACAUAUACAUUAUCAUUGUCAUAUAUGGUUUUCCUGUGCCUGCUAAUUAUAGUGUAGUCUUGUUACCAUUGAUCAACUGCAGUAAGAACCCUAUUAGAAUUUUUUUUUUUCAACAGUAAGAAUGAUGACAAAGUGGUGGAGAAUCCAUAUUAGCAAACGUAGUAGAUUGUGUAAUCAUGAGAAAGAAAGACAGUUAACUUGAUUUCUUUUAACGGUGUUGAAUAAGUUCACUCAUGGAAAACAACAAAAAGUGAGCAAGACUGAGUACAAAGAGGCUGUUUCAGAUAUUAUAUUAGGCAUGGCCGCUGGUUUGAAGAGAGACCCUAUUGUGAUCCUCCGUAUUGAUGGAGAAGAUCUCGACAAAUUCAUCAAUGGGCCAAUUUUUGAACCAGAGAUGGUAGCCACGUAUUCUGAGAUAAAGUCAGCUGAUGGAAGUGGAACCCUCCGUGACUAUAUAGCCAAAGCUUUGGAAAAACUCACGGUUGAGCAAGGGAUGCCCCCUUCAUCAGACUCUUGGGUUAUUAGCAAUAUCGUGGAACCUGCUCUUGAAUCAUGCACUGGCCAUGAUUUGGACGAGCCUGUAUCUCAAGGAAAUUUCAUAGAGGAGUUUAAGAAAGUGGCAGAGUCUGUGGCUCAACGUCUUAAGGAACAGCCUGUGAAUGUAGCCCACAGUGAAACUUACUUUGAUGGAAGUGGCAUUAAGAGACUGUUGUCCAACAAGUUUGAAUUAGACAAGUCGCUGAAUGCAGCUGUUGAAAACGAGCCAAAAGACCACAGUGGGAAACUGUCCAAGGAAUAUUUGCGUGUGGCGCUGGAUGUGGUGGCUCCAACGGCUGGUCUGGCAUCACUUGGUGUAGUUGAGCAGAUGGACAAGGUUGUGCGGGAUGCGUUCAACUUGAUGAAUGAAGAUGAUGGAAAGCUGCUCAAAGAAGACGAGUUCAAGAAGAUAUUGACUGAAAUCCUGGGGAGCAUCAUGUUGCACUUGGAGGGAAUUCCUAUCUCAGUUUGUUCAAAUUCAGUUGUGCACGAGCCCCUUUCCUCUUCUUGUACACUAUUGCAGCCAUCUUCCUAGUUAUAGAGCAAUAGCUCUCGUGAAUAUAUCUAGCGUAACAAAGAUAAAACUGGCAGUAAAAUUUUGAUGAAGGAAAUGUUGACUACCACAAGUUUGUGUGUUGCUAGUUAGAGAUGGAGCCAAGAUUUAUCAAUGUCCACUACUGUGUCUGUUGUGACUGAUUUCUGUUUGAUGCAUUCAGGGCUCGAUCUGAAAUUGUAACUAGAGCAAAUGGAAACUGGAUUUGUCCCUC